AUGGAGGCCAGCAGGAGGCUGAUGAAGGACAACCCUCCAUAUGAUAAGGGGGCCUUCAGAAUCGAAAUCAACUUCCCAGCAGAGUACCCAUUCAAGCCACCAAAGAUCACAUUUAUAACAAAGAUCUAUCACCCGAACAUCAGUGAAAACGGGCAGGUCUGUCUGCCAGUAAUUAGUACUGAAAACUGGAAGCCAGCAACCAAAACCAACCAAGUAAUCCAGUCCCUCAUAACACUGAUGAACACCCCCCAGCCUGAGCACCCACUAUGGGCUGACCUAGCUGAAGAACACUCUGAGGACUGUAAAAAGUUCUGUAAGAAUGCUGAAGAGUUUACAAAGAAAUGUGUGGAAAAGCAACCUGUGGACUAUAAUCUGCCACGAUUGAUUCCAGCAAGUGUGAGCAGAGACCCGGAGCAGUGCAUUCAGACACCCUGCAAAGCAGGACUCUGUGGAAAAUUGACACACGUGCCACCGCCUGGUGUUCGCUUGUGGCAGUUACUAACUUUCUACAGUUUUCUUAAUCGGAAGUGA